UAUUUUAUUUUUCAGACAUUGAUGCUUACAAAUCCUCCAUUAUUUGAAGUCAGUUAUGUACUCAUUAACAAAGUUGGCCAUUUCUUAGUUUUAUAUGGACUUAGUGGAGUGAUGGUGGUAGAAAUUCCAAGAAAAUGGGGAAAAUACAGCUAUUUUGAGGGUGGAAAAGAGAUAAUAUUUUGCAGAUCGUGGAAUAUUGCAGAAAUUUUUUUUGUGUCCAAUAGCAAAGUGAAUGUAUCCUCUGUUGUUUGGCAUCCAGGUAGUGAAUCAGAUUGUCAUUUGACAAUAUUGAGCAGUGAUAACUGUUUAAGGAUAUAUGAUGUUACUAAUCCACAAAUCCCAUUCCAAGUGAUAGCUUUAAGUUGUGUUGAACCAAGUUUCUAUUUAACAUCUAAUUCAAGAACAUCAUUUUCAUCCUGUCUUGGUGAAACAGCAGUGAGUUUUGACUUUGGUCCACCAAUUACAACAGCUGAAAGAAAUUCUGAAAUAAAGGAUCAUGAAUUAGACAUCAUUUGGCCUAUUUUCAUUUUGAAAGGAAAUGGUGAUGUCUAUGUUGUUCAUUCAAAUUUAAAAAAAAGAUCACAGAGUAAAGUGAAAGGCCCGUUAACUAUGUAUCCAAGUGCUAUUGAUAAUUAUGGUAUUGAUAACUGUUCACUAAUGUGUCUGCAAGUAAUGCCACCAGUAUUAGUAAUUUCUACAUCUUAUGGUACAUUGUAUCAUUGCAUUGUAAUUAACUACUUAGAAAAAGAAAAUUUGUCAGAAUCAAAUGAAGAAACAGAAUAUCAUCCAAUUUUAUAUGUUUAUGAAAAAGUAGAAUUAGAAUUAACGUUGACACCCGCAGAUGAGAAAGAUGAUACGGAAUUCUGUCCAAUACAUUUGUAUAAAGAUUUCAGUUCAAAUGUAAGAUAUUAUUGUACUCAUAUUGCUGGAAUUCAUGGAAUUGCUCUACCUUUAAUUCAAAAAUUGGAGCAGUUUGCUGAAGUUGAUGAUGCUGAAAAUUUUCUUCCUCAACUAGAACAUCAAGAAAGUAUUGUUGAGCAUGUAAUAUGUUCCCAACCAUUAUCAACUACUGCUCCUGCACCAAUAUUAGGAUUUGGUUUAACAAUUAGUCCAGUUAGAACAGUAUUAAUUUCUUUAUUAUCAUCUUGGGAAUUUAUUUGCUUACCUCUUUUCUUAGAUCAACAAUUUUAUCACUUAAAUUAUCUCAGUUCAUUUCAACCAAAAAAUGGAUUGUCCCAGAAACAGAUAAAAGCAAAUUCUUUUAUGCAUUAUAUGAAUAAUAUUUUGAGGCAUUCUGUAACUACUCCUCUGUUGAAAUCAAAUCUAAUUUCUGAUGAUUCUCAGCCAUCACCUCAAGAAUGGCUUCAACUAUUAAAUAAUGUGACACAACGCUUAAGAGAAGAAUAUAUUGAGAAAUUAGAUACUGCAAUAAUUCAAGCUCGUAAACGAAUAGAAGUACUUAAAGAAUUAAAGAAACAGCAAACAAAAGAUAUUGAUGACUGCAUGAACAUUAAAGAGCAUUUAUCUAGUAAAGAAGAAGCAUUAGCUGAGAAAUAUGAAGAUGCUUAUAAUGUACAACAAAAAUUAGUUCAGAGAAUUGAAAAAGUUCUUCAGAAAUUACAGUAUUCAUUACCUGUUCUCUCAGAUGCAGAAAUUGAAAUGAAACAAGAUUUAAAAACUUUAGAUGACAAGUUGAAAAAAUUGAAACUUUCAUUUGAGCAGAUACAGUUAAAAUUUCAAAAUCAGAAGAAACAUCUGCUAGAAAAUAAAAUUUUGUUUUCAAAUAUCGCAUAUAGUGCUGAAGACCUUAACAAUAAUCAACUCUCAAUCAUUAAAGAUAUAUUAAAAGAAGAGUAAGUAUAGUUUGUCUAAAAUUAUAAUAAAUAAAAUAUGUUGACAAUAAAUAAACA